AAACAACUUGGGGCCAAGCCCAUUAUAUUGGCGGUGAACAUUGAGGAAACAACAUAGACGCAACAUUAUCAGAAGAAUAUUGGGGGACGCAAAUAUACAGGAGGGGAGUUGAAAAAAAAGGCAUCACAGCAGUAGGGAGCUGAACGCAGAUCUUGGGCACGCAAAUAGGAUCAGACGCCCGAAGUCAGCCGGGACGAAUUUUUAGAGAUUAUUGACAAGGGUUAAUGGCUAGAGAAUUAUUGGGAUUGAAAGAGAGCAGCUUGGAAGUCAAAGAAUUUACGGGUUUUUGCUGAUAGUGGAUGCCACAUCUGCGCUCGCACGGACCGCCACCGAAGCCACCAGUCACCGAGUCAUCAUCAUCGUCUCGUUUGGGCCAAGGCCCACAGGUUAGUAUUUCAUCCACAUCUCAGUUUCCCAAUUUCGAUUCCACUCCAUUACCCACCCCACCUCAGUCACCUAAAACCUCACCUAAGGUUCCCCACCCGAUAGCCCUACUUCUAGUACCUCUAGCAAUCCAGUGAACGUAGAACCAAUGGCCAACAAUAGGCAGACCGUCCAUCAGCAAGCCACUCAAAAUUUCACCGGCCUCGCUUCACCCAUCACCGUUCCACCCAUAGUCAAUGAAAACUCAUGGCAGAUUCCAUCUUAUGCCAUGCAAGCCAUCACUAAUACCAUCCAAUUCCAUGGUCGGGACGAUGAGGACGCCCCGACCCACAUCAACCGUUUCUCUCGUAUGCUAGCUACUUUUAGCCUUCACGGUGCACCCAACGAUGCUACCUACCUACAGCUUUUCCCGUUUUCAAUAGCUGGCCGUGCAACUACGUGGUUGGACUCUUAACCAACCGGCACCUUUACCACUUGGGCGGGGCUUGGUCAAGCCUUCUUGAAUAAGUAUUUCCCGCCCGCUAAAGCCUCACGCCUUAGAGAUCAAAUCCACUCUUUUCGUAUGGAGCCCGACGAGCCUUACUACCUUGCUUGGGAGCGUUUCCAAAACCUGUGUGCUCGUUGCUCCCAGCAUGGUCUUUCCGACUGGGCUUUAUGUGAGAAAUUUUAUAACGGUCUCACCCAAGAGACUCGUGAUCGUUUUGAUACUAAUGGGGGGCAUAUGAUGGGUAUUCUUACAGUUGCUGAAUGUUUAGAGCGUUUCGAGGCAUUUGCUCAGUCUCAAUCGCGAGCCGAUCAGCGGUAUCAAAGUGGUAAUUCUAAUACCAUUACUAGAGCACCCACCCGAGGGGUGAACCAUGUCACCAUGGAUCCUAGUUUAGCCGCUGUUUUGGAAAACAUGACUAGGGAGCUUAAGGAAAUUAAGGCAAAGGUAGAUAAGUGUGAGUUUUGCCGAGGGGGUCACGAUACAAGUGCGUGUCCAUUGCUAGUUGGUGAGGAGCAAGUUGAUUCUGUAGGAGGAGGUCUAGGUGGAGGUCAACCUAGUGGUUUUGGAAGUAAUCUUAAUUCGGGUUGGCGAAAUAAUAAUAAUAAUAUUAAUAAUAUUUUUCGCUCAAAUGGACCUCCUGGUUUUCAAAUAGCUCAAAAUCCAAAUAGGGGUCUAGGUUCACUCUUUGGUGGGGGUUCAAAUGGACAAUUCAACAAAGGGUUCAAUGGGCAGGUCAAGGAUGGGGGGUCGAGUAGUCAGGUUCAAACAGGUCAGGAUUCAAGUUAUGAUCUAGGGGGUAGUCUAGAAAGAAUGGAGGCAAUGAUGAGCCAACUAGUUGUUAGGGACCAAACCACCCAAAAGAAACUUAGCGAACAUGACCUUAUGCUUAAGAACCACCAAGUUGCUUUACAAGACCUUCAAAGGGUUGUUGGUGAUAUGUCUAGGAAGUUAGAGGAAAGAUUACCCGGUCAGUUUGCGGGUAACACCCAACCUAACCCGAAUGCUCAUGUAAAGGCCAUUACCACUCGUAGUGGCAAAACAGUAGGGGACCCUAGUAUUGAAGAGAGAGUAGUUGAUAAGGAUGGGGAUAUUGUCGACGAGGAGAUAGAGAUGGAGGCUCCCGGCGAAGUGCAAAAGAGGCUAGGCCCAGCAAGUACCGCACAGCCCGGUGAGUCUCAAGUUGAGAAGGAAGUUGAGAAAACGUCCGUAGAUGUUAGACCUUCACCCUUAGUAGACCAUUCUAGAGUCCCGUUCCCUUCACGCCUUAGAAACCAAAAAUACUCAAUGGAAUACCGGCAAUUUUUAGACAUCUUCAAGCAAUUGAAGAUUAAUCUACCUUUCAUAGAGGCACUCCAGUCCAUGCCUAAGUAUGCAAAAUUCUUGAAAGAUCUUCUUAGGAAUAAAGAGAAGUUAGGGGAGUUGUCCAACGUUCCGUUGAAUGGAGGGUGUUUGGCCGUUGUCUCAAAUCAGCUACCCGAAAAGCUUACCUUUCACUAUUCCUUGUCUUUUCGGUAGUAACACAAAUACUAGAGCCUUAGCCGACCUAGGUGCUAGCAUUAAUUUGAUGCCCUUUUCUCUUUACGAGAAGCUAGACUUAGGCGAGGUUUCACCUACCCGAAUGACAUUAUCCUUAGCUGAUAGAUCUGUGAAACAUCCUAGGGGUAUAGUAGAGAAUUUGCUUGUUAAGGUUGACAAGUUCGUUUUUCCGGCCGAUUUUGUAAUUCUCGACAUGGAAGCCGAUGAAAACGUACCGUUAAUUUUAGGACGCCCGUUCUUGAACACCACUAAAGCUCUCAUAGAUGUCUCUUUAUGCACCAUCACACUUAGAGCGGGCGAGGAAUCGGUAGUUUGUAAGGUUAUGAAUUCGAGAGGGCCUAGUGAUAGAGUGGAGGCGGUAUCAUUAAUGGAGAGUGUGAGAAGGAGAAGAGAGAUGAGGAGAAGGUGGUGAGUGAUCCGAGUCUAGAGAAAGUAAUAGGACUCAAGUGUGGGGACCCACCGGAUAGGAGAGUAGAGGAAUUAGAGGAGAGAAUGGUGCGUUUAGAAUCUAAGAUAGAGAUACUGAGCAAGGCUCAGUGUGGGGAUAGAGUUCGAUACGAAGAGUAUAGACUCAAACCGCCAGGUGAGGAGUUGAGAGGUUGUGAGAGAGAUAAGAGUGUUUGGGGCGAUUCGGGCAAUAAUAGGUAUAAUGGUGCUACAGCCCGUGAGUGUGUGUUUGGAGGUGAGCUGCAUCUCUAUGAUCCCCCAUAAGCAUGUGAGAAGUUGUUACUCAUUUGUAGAGUUUGUAUUUUGAGUCUUUUAUUUUGUACCAUGAGUCUGAAUUAGUAGUUUUUGAGUCGUUUUUAGAGUCGGUACUACGUUGGAUUUUGUUUUGCUGUGUUUGUGCAAGUUUGGAUUGUACCACCCGUACUCAAUCUUCAUUCGGGUGAGUUCGGAACUGCCAUAUUGAUAAACCCAAGCAGACUAGGCAACGAUCGCGAAUGAAAUGCUAUACGACCGUUCGUUGGAUUCAAGACUCGUACGGCUGGCACUGACUUUUGUCCUAACCAGCUAAGUCUUUUCCAACUCUCUUUGUAUUUUAUUUCUUUCGUAUUUAUUGUUAGUUUCCAUCUCUGCAUUAGGGACAAUGCAAUCCUUAAGUGUGGGGAUGGAAAACUAUCGUUGAGGUCUUAGUUAGUGAGUCUUGAGUCAAUAAUAUGAAAAAUACAAAAAAAAAUUAAAAAAAUGAAAAAAUACAAAAAAAUGAAAAAUCAGAAAAAUGUCCUUUGAAAUGAGAAGAUUGCAUAUUUAUUCGGAAAAUGAUAGAAAAGAUGAAUUUUUGCUUGGGUUCAAAUAAUAAUAAUAUGAGAUUAAAAUAGAUCGAGCUUGUGUCUAGUUACGGAUGUGUGAAUAGGCCCGGGUUUGGUUUUAAGUCCAUUUGAGCUAAUAUACCUUAAUUGUCGGUCUGCUAGUGGUUUUCGCCUGGGAGAUAUGGGAAAUUGAAACUGCCGAUAAGAGUAUAAGGGACACCGUUAUAAGUUAAAACCGUUAGAAUUUUUUUAUCAAGAAAAAAUAGUGAAAAAAAAAUAAAAUAAUGAGCUAGAAACUAAAUGAAAG